GGUCACACGCGUGCAGUCAUGGCGCAUGGGACUGUGAGCAAAACGCUGGAGAAGUGUUUACAGAUUUUAAACCGCAGUACAGCGCAGCCCGAGCUGUUUCUAAAUGUACAGGAUGACUUGGCAGCACACUUCACAUCCCUCACAAAGACCCUGUAUGAUUUGCACAAAGCCCAUAAACUGAAAAGAUGGAAGGGGAGUCCACUGGAGCAGCUGGUGGUGAAGAACUUUGACGAGGAACAGAUCUGGCAGGAGCUCGAGCUUCAGAACACGGCUGUGCUCUCUCACUUUGAGGACGCAGUAAGCAAGGCUGUCACAGAUGACACACUGACGCUUCUGGAAGAAUCAGAGGAAGAAGAAGAGGAUGAUGAUGGUGGAGGUGGCCAUGAUAUUGAGAAGGAGGAAGAAGAGGAGGAGGAGGAGGAAGAGGAGGAGGAGGAAGAAGAAGAAGAGGAGGAGGAGGAAGAAGAAGAAGAGGAGGGUGGUAACAAAAGAAAAAAUGGACUUAAGCCCAAGUCAUCUGUGUCCAGCGACGAGGAGGACCUUUACGACGAGGACUCGGAUAUUGAUUUUGAUGUCGAUAAAUUAGAAAAACAAUCCAAGCAAAAAAAGAAAACAGAAACCAAGACACCUAAAUCUAGGACUGUGUCAGAAGUGGACGAUCAGUUUUUUAAACUAUCAGAAAUGGAGGCUUUUCUGGAUGAUAUGGACAAGAGGGAAGGGAAAGAACCUCCAGGUGAGGAAAUUGACUACUUUCAGGACCUGCCCUCUGAUGAGGAUGAUGAACUUUCAUUUGAUAAACCUGCUGCAUCAAAGAGUAAGAAAAAGUUGAAAAGUUCCAGAAAUGUGAAAUACAAAGAUUACUUUGUGGAUGAGGAUCCUGCUCAACACAAGUCACCUAAGGAAGGUGAGUCAGCGCCGGAAGAUGAGGAUGAAGAGGACAUGGACAUGGACGGAGAGGAUUCAGAUGAAGGUGACGCUGAGAGCCAGAAAGCCAGAGACGCUUUGCGGAAAGUGACCUUUGACCUCCCCAGUGAGAGUGAAGGCGAGGAUAUGGAGGACAUUCUGGGAGGGAGGUCUAAAAAUGUACCGAAGCCAGAUACCAAGUCAGCAUUUGAGAAAAGACAGGAAAAGAUGGCAGAGAAGAUCAGUGAGUUGGAGAAGGCAGCGUUAGCGGAGAAGCCAUGGCAGCUGAGCGGAGAGGUGACGGCACAGACUCGGCCAGAGAACAGCAUGCUGGAGGAGGAUGUGGAUUUUGAUCAAGCAUCUCGGAUGGCGCCUGCGGUUACGGAGGAGACGACGCUGCAGCUUGAAGAGAUCAUCAAGCAGAGAAUAAAAGACCAGGCCUGGGACGAUGUUGUGAGGAAGGAGAAGCCAAAGGAAGAGGCAUUCGAGUAUAAGAAAAGGCUGACGCUGGACCACGAAAAGAGCAAGCUGAGUCUGGCUGAAGUUUACGAGCAGGAGUACAUCAAGCAGAACCAGGGCAAGACUGAGGAAGAGGAGAAUCUGGCUCAUGUAGAAAUUCAGAAGCUUAUGGACUCACUCUUCCUCAAACUGGAUGCACUUUCCAACUUCCACUUUACACCAAAACCACACAUUCCUGAGGUGAAGGUGGUGUCCAAUCUGCCUUCGAUCACGAUGGAGGAAGUGGCUCCAGUCAGCGUCAGCAACGCCACUCUUUUGGCUCCUGAGGAAAUCAAGGAGAAGAACAAGGCUGGAGCCAUUCUCGGUGACUCGGAGAAAACAGCCACCGAUAAGAAACGGGAGAGACGCAAGAAGAAGAAGCUGAAGCGGGUGAAGAUCCAGGAACGUGAGAAGAGGAAGAAGCUUAAAGAAGCUGCGAGUGAAGGAAAGAUCAAGAAAAAGUCAAAGGCACAAGUGGAAGAGACUCUGAAGAAACUUACGAAAGGAGGGAAAGCCAAAGUGCUCACGGAUGAUGGGAUGGACAAAGCACUGCGCUCGUCUCAAGCCUUCUUCUCCCAACUUCAAGACCAAGUCAGGAGUCAGAUCAAGGGCUCAAAGGAUCAGGCUGCCAAAAAGAAGAAACAGAAAGAGGUUUCUGCCAGCAAGCUGAAGUUAUAGUUUUUGUGUAUUAUGUACAGUUUCUCUUGCAAAGACAAGAAUAAAUUGAGCUCGUAUCUCCACAUGAUCAUUUAUAUUAAAAUGGUUUUGUCAUAUUUAAAUACA